UGGGGCCAGAAAGAGGCCUAGCCGGGUACUCUCCACAGGUGAGGGGGGAGUAUCCGGGCAGGCCCGCUCCGCUGCGCUACACUCUGCAGCACCUAGCAUGACAGACAGGGCAACUGUAGUGCAGAGAGGACGCGGCUUGCAUAGGGGGAGGCUCAUGGGAUCUAAGGUUACCAGGCAGGCAUAUGGGAGAGCGAGAAGUGCAUUGCUGGGGCGCCAGUGGUAUAGCAGGGGGGGUUCCGGCAAUACUGAUGUACCCCAAAGGGGGGCGACUGUGCUCGCAGACAGGGCGCAGGGGGAGUCACGGCAACCAACAGCUGCAGGGGUUCAGAGCAUACACUCAGGCAGGGAACACCUGGUCAGUGCAUCACCCGUUGUUGCAGGGUCAGUGAAUGAAUGGAGUGGUGACAGGGGUGAGCAGAGGGCCAGAGGGAUCUCGACUGGGGCAGGGGUUAGUACGUCCACCCCAGUUGGGGGUAGCAGGCAGGAGGGCCGCAUGGCUGGCCUGGAUACUCCCCUCUUGUUUGUUUCUCCCCCACAGGACACGCAGGUUGCACAGCAGAGGACAGAGGUCUCCGGUCCAGCAGGAGCUGGACUGUCGGUACAGCCGUCAGGAGGAUCAGCGGUGGCAACACCAGGGACAUCUACACCUUCCACAUCGGCUGUUGGUGUGGCUACAGGUCCUUCUCGCGUCUGGAUAAUAGGGCACUCCUACGUGCACUGGGCGGCACUGAAGGCCCAUUCUCUUCCUGAGGGGCAGCAGUUGGGGAUUCCGACGUCUAAGGCAUCAAUACGGUGGUUGGGCCGUAGAGGCUUACAGUGGGAUGGUUUGCCUGCCCUCCUCCAGAAUGCCAGACAUAGAUGGGGACAGCCCCACAUCAUCCUCCUUCACAUGGGGGGAAAUGAUAUAGGGAGUGCACCGGCUCUGGACCUCAUCAAUGCGAUGAGGUCGGAUGUCAAGUGGAUCUGUACCACGUUCCCGGGGGUUAGGCUGGCUUGGUCCAACAUAAUCCCCCGGCUGCGUUGGAGAUAUUUUCCCACACCUAGGAUAGCAUAUAGGGUUAGAAAAAAAGUUAACAGGGAGCUGGGUAGAGCAGUACUAGAGGUAGGGGGUUUUGUGGUCCGCCAUGAACUGAUCUCAGCGGACAAAAAAGGGCUGUAUCGCCCGGACGGGGUGCACCUGUCCGAUGAAGGGCUGGUGAUCUUCCUGGUGGACCUCAAAACGGCUCUGGUUAGUAAUAUUUAGCGGGUGGCGGCAAGAGCCCGGUUUAUGUGGGAGUGCCUGUCUCUUGUGGCGGGAGGUCGUAGCCAUCAACAAUUGAGGGCGGAGUCUGCAGAGGUGACAGUCGGGCUAAUGGGCGGGGGUGAUGUCCUCAGGUCGUGACCUGGGGGGCCCCGC